AUGGACAUCCUGAUCAGCAACGUGCAGCUGUACGGAGGCAGGCAGGAGUUACUGUCGGACGCCACGCUGAAGCUGGUGUUCGGCACCAAGUACGGCCUGGUCGGACGCAACGGCACCGGAAAGUCCACCCUGCUCCACGCCAUCUCGGAGCGAACCAUCCCGGUGCCGUCGCACCUCCACAUCAUCCACGUCGAGCAGGAAGCCGAGCCCUCCGACAAGAGCGCGCUCCAGACGGUGUUGGACACGGACGAAGAGCGCAACUACCUCCUGAACCUCGAGAAGAUCAUGCUCGAGGAGGAGAAGGACAAGCACGAGGGCAUCGACCUCAACGAGGUGUACGAACGGCUGGACGAGAUCGGGUCCGACGAGGCCAUCGCUCGCGCGGGCGGGAUCCUCGGCGGUUUAGGGUUCGACGCGAGGGACCAGGCGAAGGCCACGAAGGAGUUCUCGGGCGGGUGGCGCAUGCGCAUCUCCCUCGCGCAGGCGCUGUUCAUGAAACCCGACCUGCUCCUCCUGGACGAGCCCACCAACCACCUCGACGUGCACGCGCUGACGUGGCUCGAGGAGUUUUUGCAGCGGUGGGAGAAGACGGUGGUGAUCGUCUCGCACGACCGCGGGUUCCUGAACGACACCACCACCGCCACCAUGUUCCUGCACAACAAGCGGCUGAGGUACUACGGAGGUAACUACGACACCUUCGUCAAGGUGAGAGCCGAGCACCGAGCCAACGAGCAAGCCGUGGCGUCCAACCAGAACCAACGCGAGUCGCACCUCAAAAACUUCAUCGCCAAGUUUGGCCAGGGCCACAAGAAGAUGGUCAAGCAGGCGCAGUGCCGGAUGAAGAUGCUCGCCAAGCUCCAGGAGGAGAAGGUUGACAUGGACUUUGACGAUCCGUACCUCCGAAUCAACUUUCCGAGCGCGACGCCGCUGCCGCCGCCGUGCAUCUCCGUCAUGAACGUGUCGUUCGGAUACGAGGGAUACCAGACCCUUUACGAGGGUUUAGACUUUGGGCUGGACAUGGACUCGCGCGUCGCCAUCGUCGGCCCCAACGGCGCGGGUAAGUCCACCUUUCUCAAGCUCCUCGAGGGCGACAUCCUCCCCACGCAGGGUUGGGUCAACAGGCACACCAAGCUCCGACUCGCCAGGUUCAGCCAGCACCACCUCGAGUCCAUGAACCUCGAGGAGGACUGCGUGUUUCACAUGAAGAGCCUGGACAACGAGAUGCCCCUGGAGGAGGCCCGCGCCUACCUCGGUAGGUUCGGUCUCAGCGGCGAGCUGGCGACCAAGCCCGUCAAGUUUCUGUCCGGCGGCCAAAAGUCCCGCCUAGCGUUUGCCGAGCUCGCGUGGAAGCAGCCCCACAUCAUGCUCCUGGACGAGCCCACGAACCACCUGGACCUGGAGACCAUCGAGGCGCUGGCGAUGGCGCUGAACAACUUCGAGGGCGGCGUCGUGCUGGUGUCGCACGACGAGCGGUUGAUCUCGCUCGUCGUCGACGAAAUCUGGCAGGUGAAGAAGGGCGACAUGGAGAAGGACCCGCCGGAGCCCGGCUCGUGGGAUACGACGACUACAAGAAGCACGAGAUGA